UUUUUUUGUUUCAAUCGUAAUCGGAUUAUUUGAAUAAUGUUAAGUGUUUUGCAUCUUGUUGCAUACGCUGCAACUGGGCUCGCCUUUUGUUCUGUUGUGCUUAGUUUAGCAUGUGGACUUUAUUAUCUUGCUGAAUUGAUAGAAGAGUAUUCUGUAUACACAAAAAAAGUUAUUAAAACGUUGACAAUUAUAAUUAUAUCUUUACACGUAUUAUUCUGGAUAUUUGAUCGUUUACCAUUUUUUCAUUUGGCCUUUUCAAUUUUUUGUCAUUGUGUCUAUAGUUUAAAUUUGAAAACAUUUCCCUUUAUCAGUUUGACAGGACUUCCUUUUAUUGGCAGUUGCAUACUUGUAUUUGCUGAUCAUUUCUUAUGGUUCAAGUAUUUCACAACACAUUACAGGCCAUUUAUGGACAUUGCAGCCUUCUUUGGUUUAUGUGUUUGGUUAGUUCCUUUUGCUUAUUUUAUUAGUUUGAGUGCUAAUGAUAAUGCAUUACCUACAAGUGACCCAGCAUUUGUAGAUGCUAUUCCACAUCAACAUAAACAGGGCUUAAUGAAGACGUUAUUAAGUUAUAUUGGUGUAAAAACACAAGAUACUACUAUGCUCACCACUUCUGCAGCAGAUUUCAAUUCAACAACAAAUACAAAUAUAUACAACCAACCGUCUAUGGGUGUCACGUCUAGUAUUCAUUACACACCACCAAGAGAUAUCCAAAAUAGAAAGACGUUGUAAUAAACACAAAAAAAAACUUAUUUUUUGCAAUUACUAUAGAAUAUAAU